CGCGUGAGAUCCAAAAUGCAUGAACACUGCGAGAGGCCUGUGCCGAUACAAAUGGUCAUAUUUUUAUUGAGUUUCAGUUGGUUGUCACCAUCAGAAACUCAAAAAAACUGUCUCCCCCGUAUAGCGAUCGAUGCGCGAACCGGUACAUGGCUCAGCGGUCACCCAUCCGAGUACUGGCCCCACCCGAAGCUGCUUGAACCGGGGGAUCGUCAAAGCCACGCACCAUCCGCGCACCCAUCGCUGUCGAACGUAUUACUGUCCAUCGUCGAUCCCUGGGACGUCAAAGUAGCCAGUGUGAAUCCGUUCGGUUUGGCGAAGAGACGCGGCGUGUUUGUGGAGGAUAUCGAGGCAGCUUCGAGGCCGGAAGUGUCGAGCAGUCAGCACGUUUGGCCGUCGUCAUCGAGUCCGGUGUCGAUCCCGUCCCCAUGGUACAAGCCGACCACUUGUUCGAGUUUUCAUCGCGGCGAUCACGUGAAUUCGAGCGAGUCGAAGAACGCUCGUUUUUCUCCUGAGCCUUGGCAACGACCUUGGACUCCUCCCACGCAGAGCGAGAAUAAGCGCUCAACUGGGCGGACGGAAGCGGAAGUUUUACUGGAACCGCCCGAAACCGGAAAUAAUGGGACUCCAGGGGAGACGAAGAACCGGCAGUACGAUUCGGCCCACGAGGAGCAUCCCGGAGAUAAUGUGACGCGCGAAACCUCGGCAGAGUCUGAUCGUUCUCAGCCGCCGAAUUAUUCUGGUCGUGCGAGUUUUGAGAAUGAGGAAAAGUCUUCGCGUCUGAGAGCGUUCUAUUCCCCGGAAAUUGUUUUCAAUUGUCGAAAUGGUUUUCAACACUUGUCGCCUAAAUCGAAAGAGAUCCUGAGAUCCCACGCGAAAAAAAACGCACAGAGAGUGAAAUUGAUCGACCAUUGCCAGGGACCUGGGCCGGGACAUCCAGCGAACACGCCAACCUCCAAUAGAGACUUUCCGGCCAACGGAAAAAUUUAUAAUUUGCCCCUACCAGGACGCCGGAGCUCUCACGAUCGGGCUCGUGUCAGCAAAAUCGUCAACCAACUCGUCCAUUCGAGAUACGGAACAUCGACAACUUCGGAACUAGACGGUCCGCUCGAAAACGGAACAGCUCAUAGAGAAACUACUAAGAAUGACAACGUUCUUUUGAAUGGUAAAACAAACGGAUUCGGAAAAGCGAGCAAAUCACCCGACGAGGAAACCCGCCAACGAAGAGUCGCUCCACCGAACAAAAUUUCCGGCUCCGCGCCGUUGAAAGCGGACAAAAUGGAUGAUGCGCGCAACGACACACAAACGAGCGUCACGUCCAAGUUCUCGAGAAUCGAAAGUGACAGCAGCACGACCUUCAGCAACAGUGGCUCAACCCCUAACGGAAGUACGAUGGGUUCGGAGACAGAGGAAGAUGCGAACGAGGAGGAGAUGGUCAAAGUUCCCCUUCAAGCACCGCCGAGGAGGAAACCUCGGGUCGUCCCGUCCUCGGGAAGCCAUAAAUUUGGGGCCGACGGAUCCGACAUUCCCGAUGUGCAGAGUCCAAACUCCACAAUAACGAGCGUCAACAGCAUCAGCAGCCUCCUUAAGGAAAAAUUACAACUGUCGAUACCUCAGGCACUCCGGAGCAGUAAAAAACGCCAGGAUGCCGAUUACAAACUCCGUGCCUUUGUGGGAAUUCUAUUUUUGUGCGUCGUUUUCCUCGUUGGAUUUGCCCACGUUUAUUACACUCAACACGUCCUGCAACGAGCGUAUUUCGAAAGAUUCAGAUUCAACAAAAACGAGCGUUUGUUGCACGUGUACAGCAGCAUAGGCGCGGAGAUAAUAGCGGCUCGUUUGGGUCUCGGUAUACCGGAGGAAACGGGCGUAUUUCCGUGUCUGCCGCAUCACCAGAGGCAGGAUAAAGUGUGCUUGGAAUGGUUGGGCCAGACGCGUUUGUAUUUGGCGCACAGUGUACGCAACGAGAUGCACUGUUAUCACGUGACCUGGCAGAGUCUGAGUUCGUUUUUCAACCCGAAGGAUUGUUUCGAUUGGUCACCGAAGCAGGGUCAUUGGUACGGAGCGGGUCAAAUACAGAGCAUGGCUUAUCCGCUGGGUCAAGGCAAGUUGGAGUCGAGUCCUUUCAUAACGGGCGACAUUCGGAAGCAUCCAUUUGGGAACGUCCUCAAGCGAUAUUUCCUUAAUUCGAAAGGAGCGACGAUAGUCGUGGACCCGGAGAGUCCGCUUUACGUAUCGAUAAACGCGAACAGAUCGAAGGAGUUUUGUCUGGAAGCGAAGCACGACGUGUUUGCUUACAUAAACCACUUGACUCCGCUUCCCCAGUUGAAUUACACGAUUUGCGCGACGGAUAACAUGAAGAGCCUGCAUUCAUCGAUGGCGGAAAAGUCCUUGUGGGACGGCUUGAAGCCCGAGGAGCUGCAGGCCGUUCACACGUUGCUGUCGGAGCCGGUUUGGCAAAUAUCGCCUACGGACGAAGCCGCCAUCUACAAUUACACCGAGGACGUCAUAGCUCUGGGUUUUCUCCGUCAAGGUCACGUCCUCUUGAACGAGGAAUGGCAGCCGAAUCCUGGUGACUUUGUUCUCGACGAGAAUCGCUUCCCGUCGAUGGAAGAGACGAUAAACGUGAUCCACCGUCGCGGCUUCAAGAUCGUUUUCACCAUCCAGCCUUUCAUCUCGACCGAGUCGAUAAACUUCAAAGACGCGGUGGCCAAUCGUCUCCUCAUAUCUGAGCGAGGCAGCGACCCCAGGAUUCCGGCGCUCACUCGAUACCGCCAGAGCAACAGCGCCGGGGUCCUCGACAUCACGAACAACAAAACCCUACCCUGGCUCCAGAACAAACUCGAAAAUCUCAUCAAGAGAUACGACGUCGACUCUUUCUAUCUCGACCUCGGAACCGCCCAGGACAUGCCGCACUAUUACAAGUGCGAGAAGCCGUUGAUAAACCCCGAUCACUACAAAACCAUUUUCACCAAUUCGAUACUCGGCGCGGUCUCGGUAAUCGGCGUAUCCAGCGCCAUCUCCAGGCCCAGGGCGCCCGUUUUCGUCUCCCUGCCGCCGUUUCCAUCCUCCUGGAAAGCCAUAAAAACCGUCAUACCAACGAUCCUCAGUUACGGGAUGAUCGGCUACCCCUUCAUAAUGCCGGGCUCCGUGGGCGGCGACGUCGCUCUCCCCAUGUCCGACAACAACCCCGCCAACGACUACGAAGUCAAUCUACCGGACAAGGAGUUGUACGUGCGAUGGCUCCAGCUGUCGACUUUCCUCCCGGUCAUAAGAUUCACCCACUUACCGAGCAAAUAUUCCGACGAGACAGUUUUAGAAAUGGCGAAAAAGCUCACCGAGCUCAGGCAAAAAACCGUCACGCCGUUGCUGAAAAAAUACGCGAACGAAACACUCGACACCGGACUCCCGAUCAUCAGACCACUGUGGAUGCUCGACCCUGCCGACUCCGCCUGCCACGUCGUCGUCGACGAGUUCUCCGUCGGCGAGGAACUCAUCGUCGCCCCGGUUCUCUACUCCGGUAGUCGACAACGCGAGGUUUAUCUUCCCGCUGGUGUGUGGAAGGACGGCAUUGACGGAAGCCUCAGAAAGGGCUCUCGAUGGAUCCACAAUUAUCGAGUCACCGAAGACAAGAUCGCAUACUUCGUCAAAAUGCCCGACAACACGAGAUUCUGAGAGCCUCGCCGUCUUUCAAACUAUAAACAAAUUCGAUCUCAAUAAACUACGAUUUUGAGAUCCGCCUUGCUCUGGAACCCAACGACAAGUUUUUUCUUCUCAGUUUCGUCGCGGUUAAUAUACAUUUUCCAUAUUUAUCCGAUUGUUCAAUUUUGAAUUAAAAGAAGCAAAAAUUUUCAUCAAUUCUUGUAGCCUGGUCGCACGAUUUAAUUAUGGACAAUAUUAGACCGAAAAAACAAGACGAAUUAGGAAAUUAUGUAGCAAAAUGUUAUCUAUUAAAAUAAAGGGUUAUUGACAACGUAA